AUAAUCGAGACACAGCUGGCAGGGCUAGAGAAAAGAGGGACUGCGAAAACAACAAGGCGACGCCAUCAGAGCACAUAUCCACGAUCGAUAAAACCCGGAGACGCGAUACGAUACGAGUGCAAGUCAACGUUAAAAUAUUAAUUUUGUGGAGUUAAAAAUCACAUAUGAGAUAAAAAGUAUCAGCAAGUAGACUUGAACACGUGUUGUACUUCGAGUAGUCCAGCGACAGUUCUAUGAAGUAAUAGUUCGAAGAGUGGGGUAAAUAAUUGUGAGUUUAGUGUAAUAACAGUGUAAAUUUGUUAUAUAUUCUGAGGUAUAUUUAAGUAUGAAUGUCAAUUAAAGGUAGAAAUAGCGGGAGGAUCAUUAGAGGUUUAUUAGCGCCAUGUCUCGUGAUGGACCAAUCAGCUGCUUGGUGAACCAGCGUGAAAUAACGAAUCUGUCCAUAGACGAAUGACAACAAAAGAGAUUGAUAGUGCUGUGAGAUCAAGUGAGUGAGAAGGACACAUUGGUAACAGACAUAAAUAUAUAAAUAUAUAAAUCGUAAAAGUGUUAAAGAAAGAGGAUUGUUGAGGAUAUUGUAUAAUAAGAAGACGAACAUCCAACGCACUGUAUUUUAUUGGUGAACGUCGUGCUGGUAGUUUGUUAAAGUGUGUUGAGGAAUAUGAAGAGAAGAAAUGCCGAGUGCGGCAAGCUCCGGAGGCCCUUGAAACGCAACAAGAUCACCGAAGGAAUUUACGGAAGCACACUGCUGUACCUAAAAUUUUUGUUACUAUGGGCCAUGGUGAUUUUUGCGGACUUCAUAUUAGAGUUUCGAUUUGAAUUUUUGUGGCCAUUCUGGCUCCUACUCAGAAGUGUUUACGAUUCUUUUAAAUACCAAGGCUUGGCAUUCUCAGUUUUUUUUAUUUGCAUCGCUCUGACAUCAGAUAUGAUUUGUUUUUUCUUCAUACCUGUUCACUGGCUAUUUUUUGCUGCCAGUACAUACGUUUGGGUGCAAUACGUGUGGCACACAGAUAAAGGAGUGUGCCUACCAACUGUGAUGUUGUGGCUGUUGUUUCUCUACAUAGAAGCUGCAGUGCGGUUGCGUGAUCUACGCCACAUGCCCUUUCAUCUUGAUCUUUGUAGGCCUUUUGCAGCACACUGCAUUGGUUAUCCUGUUGUUACACUGGGUUUUGGUUUCAAAAGCUACGUCGGUUAUAGAAUGAGACAGAGAAAACAAAAAGAUGUGGCGAAAGAAAAUGAAUUUUAUAUACAGUUAUUACAGCAAGCAUUGCCUGCGGAGCAACAAGCCGUGUCAACACAACAACUACAAUCACAAUUACAAUCACAAAUAAUAACGACAGAAACAAAUUCAAAAUCACAGCCACACAGGCCAAACACACAAUAUAAUCCCAGUCCAGAAAAAAGUAGAGGUAGGAAUGGUGCUUCCACAGACACAAGUGUACAUAAUGGUGGUGUAUCAAAUGACGCACACGCGUCUCAAGCACAAAAUGCAUCAACUAAUAAAAAUAAUCACAGAAAAUCAUUUGAUAAAAGUGAUAAAAUAGAUGAUCAUAAACAUAAUUCAAGUAAUUCCUCACAAUCAGAUAAAAAUGACAAAAGGUUUGCCCACAGUAAUGGUACAACGGUAUCACAUAACAAUGAUAUACAUUUUAUUGAACGAAUAAAUUCCGUUAAUGAUUUUGACGCUAAUGAAGUGGAAAAAGAUAAAACCGUUAAAGGUACUGGUAAUACAUCACACAAUAAUAAUUCAGUGAAAACACAAUCUAACGGUUCAACAACGGGCAAAUGGAACAAUAAUAGUAAUAAUAAUAAUAAUAAUAAUAAUAAUAGUAAUAAUAAUAGUAGUAAUAAUAACAAUAACAAUAACGUUAAAGAAAAUCGUGACUCGACAACGACGACAGCAGUGCAACACAAUCAGCGGGAACGUAAAGGUCGUCAGAGUAAAAAUAUUAUCCCGGACACAACAAUAAGUGAUCAUCAAAAACAACAAGACGAAUAUUGCCAGAGGCUAAUUAAUUGUCGCAAACUAGAGUCUGACAUAAAACGUUUAAAAUCGGAUUUACAGUCGAGUCGACAAAGUGAACAAGAUUUACGUUCGCAAAUAAAUAUUCUGCUCACUGGAGAGCGACAAGCUAAAGGUGAUAUGCAACAGCUGCAACAUGAUAAUGAUCAAUUGCAGAAUAAACUUCAGGGGCUGGUUACGGCUCGUCAAUUAGACAAACAAACGAUGUCGUCGUUGGAAAGACGGAUUGCUGAAGAACGUCGGCAACGUACUGCGUGCGAAGCAUCCUUGGUGUCUGAAAGACGAGCUCGUCGUGUAGCUGAAGAGGCUCGAUCUGCGAUCCCACCGCCUCCACCGCCGCUUGUACGCCAAGAGUGUACAGAUGCGUGUAAAACUCGGCGGGCACAAAUGGAGCAGGAUCUUAAAAAUUUAAGACGUGAAUUAAAGACGAAGGAAGAGAGAUUCUUAUCAUUGGAAAAAGAAGUAACGCAUUGUAAAGAUAAUCACGGGGAAACGGAAAUUCUUCUCAGUGCGCUAAAUGCUCUCCAAGAAAAGAACACUCAUCUGGAAAAUAGUUUGAGCGCAGAAACACGAAUAAAACUUGAUCUAUUUUCAGCGCUCGGUGAAGCUAAACGUCAGCUUGAAAUUAGAGAAAGUAUGAUGAGGUCACAUGAAAAAGAAAUGGAAAUUUUAAAAGCAAAAAUUGCCCAAGAUCUGGCAGUGAUGCCGCAAGACACAUUCAGUCCAGCACCCAGCAAUACAACGUCAAAGUUACGGCUUAACAAUGACGUGCGCGUUGGUGGUUCGAAAAUGCGUAGCACCGAGAGUCCAUGUCCAGGAUGUACUGUGUCUAAUCUCGAUCCUAAUGCAACGGCUUACACACCUAAAGGUUCUCUUGUUGCCUCCACCGAGGCUUAAAUUACUUUACUUAUUUUUUUUUCCCAAUUGUGACACCGGGCGCAACAAAAAUGUAAGCAUAUUUCGUUUUUCGUUUAUUAAUUAUUACUAUUAUUUUUUUUUAUUUUUAGUUCUUAUCCGAUAUAAGACUUGUAAUGAAAUAUCUAUUUUAUUUCAUUAAUUUUGUAUAAAAUUGUAAAAAAGAAAAAAAUUAUCUUGGAAUUAUCUCAUUAUUUUCGGCGGGGAAAUUCAUGUUAAUUGGACACUUUUUAUUAUUUUUAUUUUAAAUAAUAAAUUGUUUAUUAGAAAAAUUUAAUUACUUUGACAUUAUUUUUUAUUUCGUAAAUUUAUAGUUUUGUUUUUUUUCAAAUACUUAAAAAAAUGUGAUUAUUUAUCUAAAAUUUAUUACCUUUGUUUCUUAAAAAUAAAUAUAAAAUAGUGUUAAAAAAUGUCCAAUUAAUAUGACAGUUUAACAGAAGCGUUUGAAAAAAAAAAAAACAAUAAAUUAUCGGCAUAAAAAAAUUAAUAAAAGUCGUAUUUCGUAUUCCGAAGCUAGUCCAUCAUACAAAGUGUACUAAAUGUCAUAACAAAAACAAGCUGUUCGCACUUCCAGCAAUAAAUUAUCCACAAAUUGACAAGAUAACUUUUUAAAAAAUUAUCAUCAUUAUCGUGACAAUUUACAUCUGUAGUAAUUUUAUUUUAGUUAUCAUUUUCAUCACAACUUUAUUCUUCAACGCAUUUAUUAAUAAAACAUUUUUUUCUCAGUUCAUUAUCAUUUAUCAGUCUAAGGUUGUAUUGUCAUUUAAAGAUGAGUUGAUAUAAUUAACAUAUUUGAUUUUUUAAUUUAUCAGUUAGUUAUUAAUUGAGAAUAGAGAAAAAUAAAAUAAUUGCCAAGUCAGUGAUAAUUAGAACCAUACAUGCGUUCCAUAUCUGUAAAUAUAAAGCAUUGUCAUGACAAUUAGUCAAUCAUAUUUUUUUUUUUAAGGGCAGUCAGACAGUGCUCCCACUUUUUUUAAAUUUUCAAUGACAACUGUCAUAUCCGAAUUGAAAUUUGAGAUACUGGAAUUAGCAGACGUCAAUUUUUUAAUUCUUAUAAAAACAAAUUAUAAAAAAAAAAAUAUUUCAAAAAUUGCACCUGUAGUUUUUAAAUUUUCUACAUGUGCAUAUUUUUAGUUUUUUUUUUUAAUUAUUGGGAAAAAUCUGAAAAUUUUUAAUUUUCUGCUAAUCAGGACCACGAAAUUUUAUCAAUUAAUUAAAAAAAAUUGGAACCUUAAUUGAAAAAAUGGCAAUUUUGCCGGGAUAUAGAAUUUAAAAAAAAUUGCUUGCAGUUGUCAUCAAUUAGAAGUUAAAUCAAAUUUUUUGAAUUAAUUUUAGCCUGAAAAAUUUGAAAAUUCUAACUAUAAAACUUACAGAGAUUUUACUGAAAUUUAUUUUCUAAAUUUCGUUUGACUUGUCCUCUUUUUAAUUAAUUCUUUAAUUUUUCUCCAAUUGAUGCAAUUUCGGUGAUCCAGAAGUUAGCAGACAAUUGACAAUUUUCUGACUUUUUUCAACAAUUAAAUUAAAAAAAAAAAAAAUGCACACCUAGAAAAUUAAAAAAACUAACAGUGAAAUUUUUUCAAAUAUUUUAUUUUUUACAAUUUAUCAUUUUUAAAAAAAUUCAAAACUUAUUAGACCUCGGCCAAUUUCAGUAUUAAAUUUCAAUACGCUUUUGAAAUUUGGGCUUUGAAAAUUUAAAAAAAGUGGGGCACUGUCUGAAAAUGUCCUUAAAAUCCUGCAUUGUGGCCGACUAGUCGAAAAAUUCGAAACAGUCCUAUAAGCACAAAUAAUAAUAAUGAUAAUUACUAUCGUAAAAACAGUUAAUUAAGUAAAAAUAAUUUAGAUUGAUACUUUUAAAUUAAUUAUUCAAUUUAUUUCUUCCCGUAAUAUGUAUAUGCUUCCUUUUUUAAAGCUACGGGUUUCUAUCCGGCCGAUAUUCUGAUGUUGAAAUUUAAUUUAAUUAUUUGUAACUAAAUAUUAUUUUAUCAUUAAUUACUCUAAUUAUUUAAAUUUAAUAUAAUUUGUGUCUACGUAUGAUUUGAAGGACAAAAAUAAUUACACUUAAAAAUUUAAAUUAAAAAUUGAUGAUAAAAUUAAAAAUUUAAUAAGCGAUCAUAAACGAUGUACCUGAUCGGGGAUGUGCUAGUAAUGGCUGUUUCAAUAAAUUAUUAUGUUAUUUUAUAAUAUUUUUUUGGCUUUGUUUAAAAUUUGAAUGAAUCUGAAAGUUUAAAUUUGAAAUUUUAUGUUUAAAUUUGAAUUUAAAUUUAUGUAUAUCUUUUGGUUGUGCGAAAUAUUAAAAUAUAUGUACGUAUAUAAUUUAAAGAAAUUGUUUAAAUAGCAAAGGAAGAAAAGGAAUAUACACAAUUGUAUAUGAUGUGUGAUAUUGUUAUAAUAAUAGUAAAUCAUAAUAUCUUUAUCAUCUUGUAUAAUUUAAUUAUAAAGAAAAAAAAAUAAUAAUAAUGAUACUGUUACUUAUUAAAUUUCGUGCGUGAUAAAUACUUAAAAUAUUUUCAUUUAUUUUAAUUGGUUGGUUUAUGUGCCAAUAGCACAAUAAAUUGCUAAUUUAAUAAUAAAAAAUUUCUAGUAAAAUUUGUGAUUAUGUUAAUUAAUAAAAAUUUUUUCUUUUGAAUUAAUUACUUUGAAGACAAAACUUAAUUAAUAUUUUUUUGUUAACGUCAUAAUAAAUUGAUUUUUUAUACUCUUCCAGUCCCUGAUUAAGAAAAGCGAUUUGAAAAAAUAAAAAAAAAUUUUUGAUUUUACCAUAAACUUGGAAUCGUAAUUUUUCAGUAUUAAAUUUUUUUGAAAAAUUCAAAAUCACGUUAUUUAAUAAUUUGGGGAGAGAUUUUUAUUUAAUUUUCUAAAUUACAAUAAUUUUUAAUCAGUAAAUAAGAGUAUAAUUUUCAAAUUGUUGAAAGGCGGGACGAUUUGAAAAUUUGAAAGUUUUUGAAAUACUCUUAGAUACUUUUGAGUCACUUAAUAAUAAAUCGAGUUCGAUUUUAUACAGAUUCAGAAGAAUUUAAAAAAUUUCAAAUACUGUCAAAUUUUUUUGAAUAACUCAAUUAUACUGAAAUUUUGAUUCAUGGAGAUUUAGAGAUUCAAAAGUACCCAGGUAGCACACUUGCCUUUGUGACAUCUAUAAGAUAUCAGUUUUUAGAAUACUCUUUGACUUGUCGACAAGCCAUCAAUAUGUUGACUAAACGAUCAGAAAUUUAUGUCACCGAAAAAAUGUCAACUUAAAAGACUUAAGACAAGUGACGACAAAAAGUAAAUUACAAGUAGUCGUAAAAUAAGUCAUCUAAACGACUUUUCAAUUGACAUAAGACAGGAAAAACAAUACAACUCGUCUCUGUCUCCGGAACCAACAUUUGCAUAUCGUAUUCAUACCAAAAAAGAUGACUUUGAGACAAAAAAAAAUUUGUCGUCCUUUUAAAAGACAUCUUAAAGUUGACUCUGUGCUACUUGGGUAAUCAAUUUUUUUGAAUACCCAAGUAGCACACUUGGCUUUGACAUCUAUAAGAUAAAAAUUUUGAGGCUGUUUUUUAAAUUAUCGUUGACACCAAAAUGUUGACAAAACGAUCAGAAAUUUAUGUCACCAAAAAAUAUCUGGUUAAAAAACUUAACACAAGUGACGUCAAAAAUUAAAUUACAAAUAGAUGUCAAAUAAGUCAACUCAAAGAUUUUUUAAUUGAAAUGACUUUUUUGAGACGGAAAAAAAAAACCCAAAUUUCCUAUGACCAGGACUAACAUCUGUAUGUCUUAUUUACAUAAAAAAACUUGGCUUUGAGACCAAAAAAAAAUUGACAUCUUUUUAAAAGGCAUCUUUAAGUUGUCCCUGUGUUACUUGGGUACUUACGUACAGCUUUCAAUCUCUAAAAAAUUUUUUAAAUCGCUUCAAACACUUUGUAAUUUUUAUUGCGAGUUCGGAAAGAUUUAAAAAUAUUCAAAUUUUUAAAAAAUCAAAUCACUUUUCUUAAUCAGGGAUAUUUCUCAUUGAACAAAGAUCGGAAUGUCAAUACAAGUUUUACUUCACUUUGCCCUGGACUUGUUAUCCCCUAAUACAAAAAUAUUAUUACAGCUCGUAUAAAUAAAUUCAAUGCAUUGCAAUUAUUUGCUGUUAAUAAUUAACAGAUUAAUUAUUUAUACCCGUAAAAGAAUAUUUUUUUCACUGGGUUGGGAAGUCUCGUCUAUACUCCAAUUGAUAAAUCAAAUGGUCCAUGAAACAAAUUAAAAAAAAAAUUAAUUAAUAAAACUCAAGUAAUUUUUCUUUUUUUUUUAAAUAAUUAUUAAAAAUUAAAUCUAUUAUAAUAUUUAUUAAUUAAUUACAAGUAAAAUAUGUCUCAUUGCGUACUUAAUAAUAAAAAAUAAAAAUUAGAUUUAAUAAAAUAAGUACACAUAUGUGUACAUGACGUUGCAUGACAAAACGGUUAAUUAAUUAUUUAAUUAAUCAAUUUGUCCCAGUAUUGAUCUCAAACUCGGUGGCUGGACACGCAAUUGGUCUUAAUUUAACCAUCGUAAUACUUUAAUGUACAACCUGUAUUUGAUAAUGUUUAAUGAUAAAACUGAGAACAUCAAAAAAUAAUUAAUUAAUCAUACAUAAUAAUAAUUAUUGUGACUACAGAUCUGUCUACAGUUAAGAGAGAAAAUGAAAGCGAGAAUGAGUGAAAGAAAGUAAGAGAGAGAAAUAACGCGUCAGCAUAAUUUAUAUUAUUUAAAUUUAUCACCUCUGUAUUCUCAUUUAUUUAUUUUCAUUUAUUAAAAGAAAUUUUUUAAACUA